AUGGACGAAGACUUGGAGUUCAUAACCAAAUUCGAGUCAACGUUCAGGAUGAAUUUAAUAUCUGAAGAAAUAAAUUAUGGGCGCAGGACACAUUGUGACCUGCGGCAUUAUGAUUUCUUUAAAUGCUGGGAGCCCACUGGGAAGGCGCAGUAUAGCUUGCUGUGUCUCUACCCCAAUAACGUGUACCAGCAGAUGUGCCCUAACAUUAACAUGGAUCGCGUCGGAUUGGACAAUUUUAAGUAUAUGGUGUACGACUGCGUUGACCAGAACGUGGCUGGGUAUCUCAACAUUCCCUUUGUGCAGACAAUGAUGCACGCUGAAAAAAGUACUCCUUGGGGUCCUACUGUCUGGAUGCCCUACUCCUG